CAAACUGGACUCAUAUAAAAAAAAAUACCAAUGCAGACUUAUAACAGUUAUGAAAACCAGUGUCUGCCAUUAAGGUGUCAAGAAUGGCUGGUGUGGUCGUAUUUGCUCUCCAACUUCUACUGGCUGGCUGCAUACUGAUGAAGCCGUGCCGGGCGGAUGCCUCUCAAACUUCGGUAACACGAUAUCGCCGUGGCACCAUAUCAGGACGUACGUGUAUCGUCAGCGGGAAGACCUACCAGGCAGGAAACCCGGUGCCAGACCUGAGCCCCUGCAAGACCCAGUGCCGGUGCUUCGCUUCUCUCUUCGGCCGCACCGGCCACGUUGUGUGCGCGGUGAACAAGCAGUGCACGUAUACCAACCUGUGCGUUAAUCCAAUCACCGACACCUGCGGGUGCCCCAAGUGCCGACCCGGUGGCUGGAUAUGGCCUCCAGUUACAGAGUCAGUGCUGCUGUCAAAGAAUCGUAUUGCCUGGCAGAUUUCGACCCAGACCUACAGGGGCAAGUCCCGGGGAGCGAAUCUCGCCGUUGACGGGAAAACGGAUGGGAACUUCUUCCGUGGAAACACCUGUACUCAUACCGCAAAUCAAUAUCAACCGUGGUGGAAGUUGGACCUGGGAAACAGCUUCGUCGUCACGAAAGUCGUUAUUUUUAAUCGAGCCGGAAGGUUUGGUAGACGACUCAUUGGCGCUGAGGUGCGAGUUGGAGGCAGCACUGUCGCCGCAAGGAACCGCCGCUGCGGGGGGCCUGUGACGAAAUCCGAAGCGAAAGCCGGUACCAAGAUAACCAGAGAGUGUCCGGCAGACACGAGGGGGCGCUUCGUCAGCGUGCAGAUCCGUAAGAGAAAGGAGUUCCUGACUUUGUGCGAGGUGAAGGUGUUUGGUCACGAGCGAUUGGGAAGCGACGGUGGAGUGAUUCCCUUCGAGGGCUACCCUGCCCUACCCUCUCCUCUGAUCUCAAGCCCAGGCUACCCGUUAGGCUUUAUACCAGGUUCUCCAGUCACGGGAGGCAAUUGUAUCGUGCCCUCCCCACAGGACCGGUUUAGUUACCUCAUCAUACCUGAUGGCGGUGACACGCUGUUAGGCGGCUGCGCCAAAUGCAGGUGUACGUCUGUGACCUGGUACAGUGCACCAGCAAAGGUAGUCGACAGAGGUUGCGAUUGCGACUACUCGGGUUGUUGCCAGUACCAGAAAAAGCACUACGCCCCUGGCGUUGUCGUGCCCAACUAUGACGGGGACCAGUGUAGACGGACCUGUAGAUGCAUUUCCAGGGCCAACGGCGAGAGACCAGUCAUUGCUUGCUCAGCUAACAGCAACGUGUGUGAGUUUGAGAGCAGAUGCGUGCACUAUGAGGUGGAUAAAUGCGGCUGUCCCUACUGCAAGAAAGGAGUGAGCGACUGCUGGGGUUACGAUCCGUGGAAGCAAAAAGACGUCUGUGUACCAGACGGUCAUGGUCCGGUUGUCAUCAAUCCACAGCAUCCUGACUAUACCUGCCAAUGCAUGUACGUCACUACAAUCAAAGUCAACGCCAACACAGUCAUUCCACAGAAUAAGCUCAGGAGAGCAAGAUGUACCGGUCCAGUGCACUAAAAUUUGAGGAUCGUCAGGCUACUGGCAGCUAGCAUUAUAAAAUUCAAAAGAAGUUAAAAGAAGUUCUCUAGAAAUUUGAUUGUGUUUAAAUGUGUAUUGGUUAGUACGGGAAAAGAAAUGGUGUUUAAAACUUUUCGUAAGGUCAUAUAUGGAGGCGUAACUUCUUUUCGGAAAGAAACACAAAUUAUCAUUGAAUAAAGUAUUA